AGAGUGAUCUAUUUUCGUUCCCAUUCUAGGUAUAAUUCUCCCAGCCAAACAUCUUCGGAUUAUCGUUCCUAAAAUCAUGUAAUGGUAGCCCCGAAUGUUCGUUGACGUGACAGUAAUUUAGUUUGGUAAGAUAAACUGAAAUAAUGGGUAAUUACUACAAUGCAGAGCACUUGAUUACAGACGUUGGGACCACUAUUGAUUAACCUUUCUGUUCGCAUCAAGCAGGGAAGGGAAUAGAACAAAAAAGGAAAGCUUCCGGAGCACCUACAGAUCUAGCGGAAAGAGGGAGAGCAUUUCCACUGGGUCACUUUCUUUGCCAUUCAUCAACACUUCUUCCCAAAUCAAUCGGAGAGACUCUUUGGAGCCUGGAGUAAUGGCUGACGUGCUUUUCUCAGCCUUGCUACCGGUGGUGAUGGAGAAGGCAACCGACCAUGUUCUCCAACAGUUUGGAAUGAUGUGGGGCAUCCAUGAGAAGCUAGAAAAGCUGGAAAGAAUGCUGUCGGCAAUCCUGGACAGACUUGGAGAUGCAGAGGAGCGGCAAGUCAAGGAAGCGGGUGUGAAGAGCUGGUUGGCAGCACUGAAGAAUGCAGCCUACGAAGCAGACGACAUACUGGAUUACUUCAAUGUGGAAGCAAAGCGGCGGAAGGCAGAGAUUCAGAUCGACAUGACAAAAAAGGUGCGCAGCUUCUUUUCUCUUGGCAAUCCAGUUUCGUUUCGCCUUAAGAUGGGGCGAGAGUUGCAUGCUAUUGUUGAAAAAAUAGAGAAACUAGUAGAUGAGGGAAAUAAAUUUGGUUUCACGGUCAAAACCCAACCACAAAAGGACAGGCCACAAACCCACUCCUAUGUGGAUGAGUCAGAGGUCAUCGGCAGGGAGGAAGAUAAAGCAAAAAUAGUGGAGUUGUUACUUGAUCAUGAUAACAACCGGAAUGUUGCAGUCCUUCCCAUAGUUGGGAUGGGGGGUUUGGGUAAGACCACACUGGCCCAAUUGAUUUACAAAGAUGAGACGGUGGAGAAACAUUUCGAGCCACGAAUGUGGGUCUUUGUGUCGGAUGAGUUCGAUGUUAAAAAACUUGCUAAAGAUAUAAUAGCUUCAGCAGCCCCAGAUGAUAAGUGCGACCAAUCGGACAUGGACUCGUUACAACGCCGCCUUCGAGAAGUUGUAAGUGGGAAGAGGUACUUACUUGUAUUAGAUGACAUUUGGAACGAGGAUCAGGCAAAGUGGACUGAGCUAAAAACUCUACUAGAAACGGGUGGAGAAGGGAGUAGGAUUGUUGUGACUACACGAAGUGAGCGGGCAUCGUCGAUAAUGGGUACCCUCGGCCCUUAUCGCCCAGAGUGUUUGACUGAGGAUGAUUCUUGGGCAUUGUUUAAGAAGAAAGCAUUUGAAGGGAGAGCAGAAGAGCCUAAAAAUCUCGUAAACAUCGGCAAGGAAAUUGUCAAGAAAUGUGGUGGGUUGCCUCUGGCAGUGAAGACACUGGGGGGCUUAAUGCAGUCCAAGAGCCAGGAAAGGGAAUGGUUGUCCGUGAGGGAUAGCGAGAUUUGGGAUCUGCAGGGCGCUGAAGAUAGGAUCUUAGCAGCACUAAGGUUGAGCUACAGUCAUUUGCCUUCCCAUUUAAAACAGUGCUUUGCUUUUUGUGCCAUAUUUCCCAAGGAUUAUGUGAUGCAAAAGGAUCUGUUGAUUCAACUAUGGAUGGCCAACGGAUUCAUUCCAUCCGAUGGAAGAAAGGCGUUGGAGGACAAAGGGCAAGAGAUUUUUAAUGAGUUGGCUUGGAGAUCUUUCUUUCAGGAUAUCAAGGAAGCUGAGGAGGACGGUGCUCUUUCAUCCAGGCAUGAACUUUAUUAUGUAACAACAUGCAAGAUGCAUGACCUCAUGCACGAUCUGGCACAAUCCAUUAUGGGGAACGAAUGCCUUAGCAUACAGGAUCCUGCCAGGCAGGAAGAUAUAUCUACGAAAGCCCGUCACUUGUUUACAUUUAGGAAAGUUCAAUUGAAUAAUUAUCCAAAUAUUCUCACUCUCCGGUGCUGGGGAUUCUCCGCUAGUAUGCCUGCGGAUUCAUUAAAGCCAAAGUCCUUGAGAGCAUUGGAUCUACAUUAUAGUCCUAUCACACGACUGCCUAUUCCAAUUGAAUAUUUGAAACAUCUGAGAUACCUCGACCUCUCUUAUAGUUUUAUUGAAGCAUUACCGGAUGCCACCAGCACACUUUUCAAUCUACAAACUUUGAAACUCUCUAGAUGCAAGAAUCUACAUAAGCUGCCUAAAGACAUGAGAAAUAUGAGUAGCCUGAGGCAUCUCUACAUUGACAGAUGUCCUAGUCUGAAGCAGCUGCCAGCAGGUAUCAGGCACUUAAGCAGCAUGCGAACAUUAACCAAAUAUAUUGUAGGCAAUGAUUCUGGAAGGCGUAUAGGUGAAUUGAAUAGCUUAAAUCUCGGUGGCCUUCUAGAGCUGUAUAACCUGAGGAAUGUAAGGGAUGCAGCAGAUGCUAAAGAAGCUAAUCUUAGCUCGAAGCCUAACCUUUGCUCAUUAAUAUUAUGCUGGGAUAUGACUCAGUGGAAUCCCGAUCAAUUCUAUGGAGAAGAUGUUUGGCCAACAGAAAAUGCUGAAGAGGUGUUGGAAGCCCUUAGACCUCAUGAUGGCUUGAAGCUGCUAACAAUAUGGCGCUACGAGGGUGGCAGCUUUCCAACAUGGAUGAUGGACACUGUAUUGCUGCAAAAUGUUGUUGAAAUCCAUCUGGGAGCUUGUCCAAGAUGCCAACAUCUUCCGCCUUUGUGGCAGCUACCUUCUCUUAAAUUUCUCUGCUUGUUUAAGAUGCAUAACGUCAAGCACAUUUACGGCAGCACCAUCUAUGGCAAUGCAAGUAAUGGCACAGUGCGAGCAUUCCCCUCACUAAAAAGACUGGUGUUGCAUACGAUGCAGAGCUUAGAGAAGUGGUCAGAGUUUGAAGGAACUGCAGAGGUCCCGUUGGUUUUCCCUCAUCUUGCUGAGCUUGAGAUCAGUAAUUGCCCAAAUUUGAUGACCAUGCCAGAGCUACCAUCUCUCCAAAGUUUAAAAAUGAAGGGAACUACUAAUAAGCAGUUGGGCUUGAUCUGUAGUCUGACGACACUCUCUUCCCUUACUUCUCUCCUAUCUUUGAGGAUGGAUUCUUGUGAUGAUCUGGUCUACUGGCCGGAGGCAGAAUUCCGUGGCUUGAACUCACUGAAGAACUUAAGUCUCUAUCAUUGCAAGAAGUUGGUUGGCCCGUCACCUUUGCCAUUAUCCUCGUCAUCAUCAGGGGAUGGGGAGCUCCUACCGAACUUGGAAGAGCUGGAUAUUGGAGAUUGUGAUGGUCUGUUGGAAUUGCCCAAGUUGCCUGCUUCCCUCAAAUCAUUGCAUGUUGACAGCUGCCCCAAAUUGAAUUCCUUGACAGAAGGCCUACCACUCCUACCAAACCUGGAAGAGCUGGAUAUUGAAGAUUGUGAUGGUCUGCUGGAAUUGCCCAAGUUGCCUGCUUCCCUCAAAUCACUGGAUGUAGACUCCUGCCCUAAAUUGAAUUCCUUGUCGGAAUGCCUGCGACAUGCCACUGCUCUUGAGCAUAUCUAUAUUUGGAGUUGCCCAAGCCUGACUUCUCUGCCAGUAGAUCUGGGGCACCUAACAGCACUCAAGGUGAUGUCUAUCACCAACCUUCCUGGCUUGAAAUCUUUGCCACAAGGGCUAGGACAACUCGCUGCACUCAAGUCUCUGCGCAUCGGCAGUUGCAGCAAAUUGUCAUCUCUGCCAGAAGGUAUGCAUGGCCUUACUGCCCUUCAGAAUCUGUCUAUUUGGCAAUGCCCUCAGCUUUCAUCACUCCCAGAAGGUCUGCAACGACGACUCCCCGGCCUUCUGGAUCUGAAUAUUGAAGGGUGCCCCAACCUCGAGAGAAAGUGUAAGAGAGGAGGACCGUAUUGGUACCUCAUCUCACGCAUCCCCAGUAUCGAAAUAUUAUCUGAGAGGAGCAACUUCAGCACAUCCCUUCCUUCCUUUUCUUGCUUUAGAAGACCAUCUACAGUCUAAUGUCAUCUCAGUCCUUUCGAGGUACAAUCCCACCUCUCUCACACACACAAAUGAAAUAGAAAUUAGUGAGUACAAUUAUUUAUGUUCCCUCACAUUCUCGUUCCUGCUGAGGGAAUCUAGUGGCAAGUUUUAGUUCGGUUUGUCCAUGCUCACUGAAGCAGUUCUUAAAGGUAAUCAAUGGCAUCUUCCUUAGAUGGUAGCCACUGUUCACAUAAACUAUUAUGAACCAAUUCAUGAUUCUGACAAGAAUUUUUCAGGGAUAAGAGGUCAAGUGGGAGCUGGAGGGAUGCACAUUGAAAUUUUUCAUUCAUUUUUUCUCAUUUUAUUUUCUCUUGCUAUGUCAGAUAAGCAGCAAAUUUAGCUUCAAGAUGAAUUAAGAGAGUCCACGGUACAAGCAGCUUUCUUGUCGAUCAUUUCAACAUUGAACUUCUUGCUAUUCUAAAUCCAGUAAUAGAAGAAACGACAUACUAUGCCUUGGAUAAACUUUUCAAAGAUUUCCAGACAUUCAAUGAUCAAGUGGCUUUGUAUGAAUCUUCCUGAUAGAUUUGCUUUUGCUGUUGUUACGCAUUUAAAGGGACACUAGGAAGAGAUAAGCUUAACUCCCUUUCAGAAGAUGUUAUUUGGCAUGUAAUGUGAUGUUGAUUGUUUUCUCUGAACCUUAUUUUAUUUCAUGUCCUUCGAUAUAUAAAUAUUGUAUUUGAAGACUUUGGAUGGUACUUCUGCUUUAUGUACCAAAAAUAAUUGAAAGAUGGAGAUGUUCAUUAAUUAUUUGAACAUCCACUUUGGGUGCUC